AUGGAAAAUUAGUUAUUAUAACAGCAACCAGAUAAUACUUAAGAAAGUAAAUAUUAUUUGUCAAAAGAAAAUGUCCAUGAUAGUUAAGCUAACGAAGAGUCUGAAAGCAAUUUGAAACCAUUAAAUAUGUUUUAGGAAGAUGAAGAUUAGGAGGAGGAAGAAGAAAAUAACUAUGACGAUGAUGAUUUAUAAAUUAUUUAAAGAUCUCAAAAUUCUUUUAAUGAUAGAUUAAGUGAUUUUGAUUUAGAUGCUAAAGAACAUUUUGCUUCUAUUUAUAAAGAUAGUGAUUUAAAUGACAGCAAAGAAGAUUAUAAUGAUAGAGAUUUAGAUAAUAAUAGCUACUUAAAUUCAGUUUUACAUAUUUCUAAAGUUAAAUAAUCUUCUGAAUUCAACAUAAAUCAGAGCAAUAUAAUGAAAGAAGAAGAUAGCUUUUUAAAAAAUGUUAUUAGAGAGAGUGAAGAAUUACAAAAGGAGUUAAGAUAGUUAGAUAUGUAUUAUUGGAAUUAAAAUCAGCUAAAAAAUUAGUAAGAAAAUUUGAAUUAGCUGAAUUAUAAUUAACAGUAAACUCAAGGAAUAAAUAAUUUUAUUAGUUCUUAAAAUGGUGAUUCAAAUGAGUAAUAAUAUGGAAAUGAAAUACAGCCUUAAAAUAAUGUUAAUGAUAAAUAGAAAAAAGGUUUAAAAAAGAAUGAUUCAAAAAACCAAUUAAUUUCAGUAAAUAAAGAAACUAAACAGGUAUUUAAAGACACUAAUAAAAAGUAAACAAUAAAAGCAUAGACAACAACAAAAAAGGAGUAAAAAGCAACUUCUUUCUCAGAAAAUAAAUAAAAAAAUAAUAAUCAAUUAGAUCAUAGAAUUAUUUAAACAGAGCCUUUCUAAGUAAGUGAAAGAUACUCAUAAAAAAGGAAAAAAUCAUAACACAGUUAAUAAGAUAAUAAGCAGAUAAAAUCAAGAAAUACCUCUACAAGCUAACCACGUUCUUAAAGUAAAGGAAAGGAAGUGAGGUCAAAGAAUAAAUGUAAUUUGAAAGAAGACACAUAGACAACAAGCGAGAAAAGCAAAAAAAAUAAAAAAUUAGUCCCAAAAAGCAAAGAAUCAUCAGCAAGUAAUAAGAAAUAAAAUGAAGAAAUCAUAUAAAUUAAAAGUAAUAAGCAAAGUUAUGGUGAAUAAAGCGAUUAAAAAUAGUAAUUAUCAAUGAAUCCUCUGCUUAUGAUUUCAGAUUUCGAUGAUAAUUUAAAAAAUAGCUAUUCAGAGUAAAUGGGUAUUAAUAUGCUUUAGUAAUUCAUGAUAAAAAAUGAUAUAAAUUCCUCUUCUUAUGUUCCAAAUAUCUUAAAUAAUAAUAAUUACAUUCAAGAAAUAUAAAAUUAGAAUAAUAAUUAAGAUUAUUAAAAUGUUUCAAACAUUUCAACCAAUCAUUAGUUUUUUCAUAAUGAAUAUUUAUAAGACCAAGUCCCAAAUUUGGAAAAUGAAUCAGAGCUAUUUGAUCAAGAAGAAGAAAAUCGCUAUGAAAAUGAUUCUGAAGAUCAUAAUUGCUCAAGCUACUCUUAAUUUUCUCAUGUUUAUGAUUCAGAAGAAGAAAAUAAAUAUUCUACUCAUUAAAAUUCUAAUUAUGAUAUUUAUUAGUAAUAGCAAAAUAAAUUAAACUAAUAAAGCGAUUUUAACUCAACAGGAGAUUUCUAAAAAUAAUAAAUUGUUCAAAAAUAAAAUAAUUUAUAGAAUAAUAAUUUAUAUUAAGUUAGUUAUCAAGAUAACACAAGAUUAAAUAACUAUUUUACUGAAGAAGAAGCAUAAAGAGGUUAUGACUAUAAAAUUUAAAAAUAAACUAAUUAAACUUAAUUUACAUUUAAUUCAACUAAUGGAGAUUGUAGUAAAAAUGAUGCUAAUACUCAAACUAUUUAUAACACAUCUAAUAAUACUCCAAGUAACAGAGAAACAUUUCAGUUAAAUAAAAUGUUAGGUUCUUCAAGCUCUGCAAGGUUGAGAAAUGCUGAUUCUAAUUCCUUGUGGGACUUAAGUUAAGACAAUGAAUCAGUCAUAAAAGACAAUUAAAUGAAAAUAGAUGAACUAAAACUAUCUUAAAAAGUAGCUGAAAAGAAAGUAUCAAAAAAAAAUAAAUCAAAUAAAACUUAAAAUACUAAAACAAAAGUAAAUAAAUCACCAAAAAAAAAGAUAGAAGCUAAAAAGAAAGUAUCAGGUAGUUAUCAUAGCAUUAAAGAAGUAAAGAGUAACAUAACUACUUAAAGGAAAGGGAAAGAAACCAUAAAUUCUAAAACUAGUUUAAAUAAUAUUUAAUCAGAUAAAAACUGUGAAACAGAAGCUAAUUUGUAUUCAAAUACUUCAAAUGAACAAAAUAUCAUACAUUAAUUAGAGAAAUAGUUACAAGAAAAAGAUUAAUUGAUUGACUUACUUAAAAAAUAAAACAGCAGUCUCAAAUAGAAAUUACUCAAUACAUAAAAGCAAAAAAGAGAUUAAACACAUUCAAGUGCUUCGAAUUAUUCAUAGCAGCAUUAAUAGAACGGUAUGAUUGAAUAGCUUAGUAUUGCUAAGAGGCUUCAAGAAACAAAUAAGAUUCUUAUAGAUAGAAUCAAAGAAUUAGAUUUGAAAAGAUAGCAAUAGACGGCCACAAUAGAGCAUAAAAAUGAGCAAUUUAAGAUCCUUAAAUAGAAAUAUAGCGAGUUAAAGAAAGAAUUUAGGUGCAAAAUUAAAAAGAAUAAUGACCUGAAAAAAGAAAAUGAGUUAAUAAAAUAAAUAAAAAGUGAAAUUACUCCAUAAAAUAUAGAUUACACAUAAUUAGUUUAAGCACUAGCUUAAAUUUCCUAACAUUCUGACUUCAAAGAUUAAUUUGUUAACAGAGAAAGGGAAGAUAUGUCUAGAGGAACUUUUUAUACUUAAAGGAGUUCUGCAUUAGGGGAUUAUGGGGAUAAUAAAAUAAAUCAAUUGCAUGCCACUCACAAAAUUAAGUAAGAUUAAUAAGUAAAAAAGAAAGAUGUUAAAAACAAUAUUAUAAAUGAAGAAAAUUAUUACAACUAAAGUAUUUAAAACAUUCAGCAGUAAAAUAAAUCAGUUAAUACAAACAAUCAAAGUGAUAUUUCUUAAAAAAAGAAAAAUGCUGCUUUGAAUAGUAAAAAAAAUUCUACAUAAACAAUAAAAACUCUAAAAUCAGAAAAAUUAAAAUAAAACAAAUGA